GUGGUUUCAGCCCUGGGCUGCCGGGGUCUGGGUCUCGACGUUGAUCCCUUGGGAUGUGGAAAGCUGGCAGCAUGUCAGCGGAGCUGGGAGUCGCGUUUGCUCUGCGGGCAGUAAACGAGCGCGUGCAGCAGGCGGUGGCGCGACGGCCGCGGGAUCUCCCGGCCAUCCAGCCCCGACUAGUAGCAGUCAGCAAAACCAAACCUGCAGACAUGGUGAUUGAGGCCUACAAUCAUGGCCAACGCACUUUCGGAGAGAACUAUGUUCAGGAACUGCUGGAAAAAGCAUCAAAUCCUAAAAUUCUGUCUUCAUGUCCUGAGAUUAAGUGGCACUUCAUUGGCCACCUGCAGAAACAAAAUGUCAACAAAUUGAUGGCUGUCCCCAAUCUCUUCAUGCUGGAAACAGUGGAUUCAGUGAAGUUGGCAGACAAAGUGAACAGUUCGUGGCAGAAAAAAGGUUCUCCUGAAAGGUUAAAGGUUAUGGUCCAGAUUAACACCAGUGGAGAAGAGAGUAAACAUGGCCUUCUACCUUCAGAGACAGUAGCUGUGGUAGAACACAUAAAUGCCAAGUGCCCCAGCCUGGAAUUCGUGGGGCUGAUGACCAUAGGAAGCUUUGGGCAUGAUCUUAGUCAAGGACCAAAUCCUGACUUCCAGAUGUUAUUGUCCCUCCGGGAGGAGCUGUGUAAAAAACUGAACAUUCCUGCUGACCAGGUUGAGCUGAGCAUGGGCAUGUCCAUGGACUUCCAACAUGCAAUUGAAGUAGGAUCUACGAAUAUCCGCAUAGGAAGCACCAUUUUUGGAGAGCGAGAUUACUCUAAGAAACCUGCCCUGGACAAGUCCGCAGCAGACCUGAAGGCCCCUGUGGAGGUGGCCCAGACACAUUGAGCCACGGAACAACCAACUGUGGCUCACAGCCCGAGGGCCCUGUCCAGGAAGACUGAUUGUGCACUCACCUGGAUGUUCAUUUUGAUAUUCCCCUGGUUACAACACAACCAUGCUCUUCUUGUGACCUGGUGAGAGCAUGCUGAGGAUUGUGUGUAUUGAUGGAAACCGUCUGUAUUUAGUGUCUGAUGUAGGAAGCUCACUUCAAGUAGUGGCUUUGGAGUGGAUUUGAGAAAUCCUGACAUUUUUGGGGAACAGAUACCAAACCAAUAGCCAGGAAUUGAGUUUGGUAUUGAAUCUUGCCCAGGAGAACCAAUCAACCCGUGAAUGCCUUUCCCGGGUUAAGAUUCAGUCACUGAUGCCUGUAAUCACCAGAGUCAGAGGAGUUCCCAUUUGUCAUCCAUUUUAAUAGACAGUUCCCUGUGGUUACCAGCGUCAUACAAGCCCCCACUGAGGAAUCAUCUUUGCUGCUCUGCAGCAAGGUAAUUUUGCCUCCCCACUGCUACCCCGCCCCCAUUUCCACCCCACCCAGUAAAUAUUUGUCUCUACUCUGGACCAGCAGUAGAGGUAACUUCAGGAAAUGGCUUGAGCUAAUGCUCUAAACCCAAAUGGUGGCUGAUGAAAAUCUGUGUCGUUGGUCACCCUGUAAAUUAUGGGGGUAACAGAAAAAAGGACUUUAGCCUUUCUAACAUCCUCCUGAAGGGACAGGACUUUGAGCUUUUUCCCCUGGACCCUACAGUGGUGAGAAGUUAAUGAUAUGAUUUCUCAUCCACCGUAAUUCUCUUUAUGGUGAUUUCUUAUCAAAGCCCAGUGAAUCUUGUAGCUCCCCAGAAAUGAAAGAUUCCUUCAACGCCAGUUCAGGUUCGCAGUUUCAACAGGGCCUGACUGUGAGGUUCCUGUUCCUGAGGAGCACUUUCUAGGCACAUUUAUAGGCCUCCCCCCACCCCACAGCAUUUAUAAGCCAGAACUGCAGCUCUUGUUUGUUAAUAGAAUAGCAAGAUAUUCAAAAACCAGAAAGCACACUUCUCAGAUAGUCAUGACAGAUGACUUUGAUCUGGGUUGUUUAUUUCUUGGGUGAUUUUUUUUCUUAUUUAUUUAAGCCCCAAUCUUUAAUUUUAUGAAAUAACUUUCAGAACAGGAUGCUGCUGCCGAAUGUAAUUUUGUAAAACUUCAACCAUUAUGAUCCCUGUGCUGUUUCAGUCAGAGCUAGAGUGUGAUGCUUCACAGUCUAUUAAAUAAAAAUGUGAGUUUGAAUUAUGCCAUCUGUGCCAAUUACAAAGCAAUUAAAAGAUUUAUUUUUUAUGAUCUGGUGUAGUGAGUGAAUAUAACAGGAGGGAGGCAUUGGAACCGACAGCAUGCAGCUGUGCCCAUCACUGGCAUCACACCAGCUGGCUUUGGAGAGGAUUCCCCUUGGAUCACAGAUGCAGCCAAAGCCAAACCGUGGAUGAAAGAGAGAUUCUGAACUUCCAAGGGCAAGAAAAUAAAAUGUUGGCAUUUCAGGAAUUAUCAAAAAUAGGGGUUACCUACCUCUUGUUGCAAGAAACCUUUAAGUC